UCUCUCUCUCUCUCUCUCUCUCUCUCUCUCUCUCUCUCUCUGUGCUUAUUUAACGCACCUCUUUUGCUGUCAAAACUUUUCACAAACACCUCAUUCUUAAGUUUUUGGUUAUUGUAAAAAGUGAGAAACUGAAGACGUUUGGGUUCCAAGUCUGUUGCUUUUCUGAGGAACCAGAUCAGAGUGAAGCUCUUAGAGAAAAAUUUACUGAAAUUUCGACGGUUGGUCAUGAUCCAAGAGUGUUUUAGAGGAUGGAAAUUCAGCUUAGUUAUUGCCAUGUCAGUCUCUCUACUGUGUUUGUCUAAUAAGUUCAAUAGUUCCUGCUGAAGAUAAUAUUGCUUUCAAGCAUUUGCCGUGAAACGAGAAGCAGAAGAGGAAUUAUAUGUGUGGAAGGUUUGGUUUUGAAAUGAUUACUGUAAUGAACUCAUUGAGAAAACCCAUGAAAGAAGUGGAGAAAAGCUUGGACUCCCAACUAUGGCACGCCUGUGCCGGUGGGAUGGUCCAAAUGCCGCCGGUAAACUCUAAAGUGUUUUACUUCCCUCAGGGCCACAUUGAACACGCCCAUAGGAGUGUAGAUUUUGGGAAUUUUUCAAGAAUUCCACCACUCAUUCUGUGUAAAGUAUCAUCAAUUAAAUAUUUAGCUGAUACUGAGACUGAUGAGGUUUAUGCGAAAAUUAGAUUGGUACCACUGAGGAACAAUGAUUGUGAUUUAGAUGAUGAUAGUUUCUUGGGUUUUGAUGAGAAUAAGAAUGGAGAGAAACCCAAUUCAUUUGCGAAGACAUUGACACAGUCUGAUGCUAAUAAUGGUGGGGGUUUCUCUGUUCCGAGGUACUGUGCUGAGACUAUGUUUCCAAGGUUGGAUUAUUCGGUUGAACCGCCUGUUCAGACCAUUGUUGCAAAGGAAGUUCAUGGUGAGAUUUGGAAAUUUAGGCAUAUUUAUAGAGGGACACCACGGAGGCAUUUGUUGACGACCGGGUGGAGCAAUUUUGUGAACAAGAAGAAGCUUGUUGCCGGGGAUUCGGUUGUGUUUUUGAGAGCACAAAAUGGGGAACUUUGUGUUGGGACUAGGAGGUUGAAGAAGGGGAUUUUUGGGGAGAAUUGUGGCUCUUUAUAUGGGGAAUUUUCCAGGUUCUUGAGGGAAGAUGAGAACAAGUUUACGUUACCAUUUGGGAACUGUAAUGAUAGUUUCAGGGGAAGGGGAAAAGUGAGGGUUGAAUCUGUUAUUGAAGCUGCAACUCUUGCUGCCAAUGGGCAGCCCUUUGAGGUUGUUUACUAUCCACGCACAAGCUCUCCCGAGUUUUGCGUGAAGGCCUCGUCUGUGAGGGGUGCAAUGAGAGUGCAAUGGUGUCGUGGGAUGAGGUUUAAGAUGCCUUUUGAAACAGAAGAUGCGUCUAGGAUAAGCUGGUUCAUGGGGACUAUAUCUUCUGCUCAAGUUGAUGAUCCCAUCCAUUGGCCAAAUUCUCCAUGGCGGCUUCUACAGGUAGCUUGGGAUGAGCCAGAUUUACUUCAAAAUGUGAAGCGAGUCAGCCCGUGGUUGGUGGAAUUAGUAUCAAACAUGCCUGCCAUCCAUCAUCUCUCCCCCUUUUCACCACCAAGAAAAAAGUCAAGGCAUUCACAACCUCCAAAUUCCCCCCUUGUUGAGCAACAUCCGUUAUUACUAUCACUGCACAGCAAUCCCAUCAGGCCCAACAGCCCUUUUUGUUAUAUAUCGGGCGACAUCUCUGCAGGCAUUCAGGGAGCCAGGCAUACUCAAUUUGGACUAUCCUCAUUAGAUCACUUGAACAAACUAAAAGCGGGGCUGCUUCCAUUUGGGUUCCAGCCGAUUGACCACACUGCCCCUCCUAGAACCCCCACUGAUAGCUUCAUGGACAAUCCUGAAGACGAUGUGAAUAUAUCUUGCUUGCUGAAAAUGGGACAUUUGCCCCAGAAUUCAAAGAAAAAUAUUGAAACAAAAACGCCUAGGUUCUUCUUGUUUGGUCAACCCAUUCUUAUUGAGCAGCAUCUCUCUCAGAGCUGCUCUGGAGAUACUAUUGGAAACAGUUUGUCAGAUGGGAAUUUCGAGAAAACAGCAAGUCUAUCUGAGGGUUCAGGAUCAGCGGUCGUUCAGAAUGGUCUAUCGGACUGCUCUUUGGAUGAAGGAUUUACCAGUUAAACACACGGGAGAUAAACCCUUCAGUGAAUUUUUUAAGACAGCGAGAAGGUUAACAAUUGUAAUGGAUUCAGGAGUGACAACAUAGGGAGGUACAGAAGUUAUCCUUUGUUUACAAUUCUUCUUCAUUCUUUGGAGUUGGAGCAGAAGUCCCCUUCAACCACCAAUUGUAGCACGGCUUAAAUUUGUCGUUCAAGAUAACAUUCUUCGAAUGUUAGCGUUCAUGCAUGUCGUAUUCCAUUUACAUUCUGUUUCCUGACAUUUCCAAGGAAUAUGAACAUCAAAAUUUUCUUCCAUUAUGUUACUGUGCUGUAGCCUUCCAUUUGGAGGGGCCAUUAAGGACAUCUCUGAUGAUUGAAAACUUUGCAAUUGAGAUGAAAUCUAAAUCAGGGACGAGUUUUUCUCAUUGUUUGUUUAGUUUGCAUUAUUAACAAACAUCGGGUUUAUAAAAGCACAAACUGUGGA